CUUUCCGCGUCUAGUCCAAACCUCCCUCCUAUCUUUCCUUUAAAUACUAACAUCACCGCUUACAUCUCAGAAUCCUAUCUUUUCUUCUUUUCUCACCCAAAACCAUCUUAAACUCUCUCCCAAUUCUCUUCUUUCAAUCAACAAAAAAAAAUGCAACAAAUCACACCAAUUCACUUCCAAACCACUAGAGUCUUACCCGAAUACGAUAUCUUUAUUCAUACAUCCGAUGGCACUCGCAUUCCCGCACACACUUGCAUUCUGGCAUCCGUGUCGCCGGUUCUCGAGAACAUUAUAGAUCAGCCGCGUCAACACCGAAGCUCCGAAAGAAUAAUCCAAAUCCACGGCGUUCCUUCCACCGCCGCAACCGCUUUCGUCGGCUUCCUCUACUCCUCCAGAUGUACUGAGGAUGAGAUGGACAAAUACGGAAUCCACCUACUAGCACUAUCUCAUGUCUACAACGUGCCGCAACUGAAGCAGAUGUGCAUCAAAGGCCUAUCUCAACGGUUAACCGUAGAGAACGUAGUGGAUGUACUCCAGCUCGCGAGGCUCUGCGACGCACCGGAUCUGCGUCUCCGCUGUAUGAAGGUUCUCACUAAUCACUUCAACACCGUUCAAAAAACCGAAGGGUGGAAGUUUCUGAUAAAACACGAUCCGUGGCUUGAACUCGAUAUCCUUCAGUUUAUGGACGAGAGCGAAACGAGGAAAGAGAAAUUGAGGAGGCAUAGGGAGGAGUUUGGGUUAUAUGCGGAACUGAGUGAGGCGAUGGAGUGUUUGGAGCAUAUAUGUACGGAGGGGUGUAUUGAUGUUGGGCCUUAUCAUGUGGAGGUUGACAGAGAGAAGAAACCGUGCAAGAGAUUCUCGACGUGUCAGGGUCUUCAGCUUCUGAUUCGUCAUUUUGCUACGUGCAAAAGGAGGGUGAAAGGAGGGUGCUGGAGAUGCAAGCGGAUGUGGCAGCUGUUCAGAUUGCACUCAUAUGUUUGUCAACAAAACGAUUCCUGCAAUGUUCCUCUUUGCAGGCAAUUUCAAUUGAGAAUGGAGCAAGAAAAGAGGAAAGAUGAUCCCAAGUGGAAACUACUUGCAAAAAAGGUGGUCUCAGCCAAAGUCAUGUUUUCUUUGUCUCUACCUAAGAGGAAAAGAGAUGAAGAAGUGAGAGUAACCAUUGACAAUAGAGGAAUCAGACAUUUUGGUUACAAUGAAUAUUGUAACAAUAGAUGUGUUUCUUGUUGAUGGUGCCCUCUCUUUAUUGGGAGAGAUUCCUUUAUUUUGAAAAGGGGUUUCUAGAUAGUUUAAGCUUAUUUUUAGUGGCUCUUUAAGUAAGGAAUUGGUAAAUUGAGGGUUUGCUUGAAAUUGUAAAUUUUGGUUGUUCUAGUUGUGUGAGUAAAUUGAACCUCAUUUUGCUCUGAAGUGAGAUUUUAAGGAGGUUCUAAGCUAGUGUUAUAUUUGAUUGAUUAAAUAAGAAAAAAAAUCGUAUGAUCAUUCAUAUUCA